AUGCAUGAAGACUCAGAAUACCUGAGGAGAGAAAACAAGUACGAGCAGACGCUGAGCAGACACUUCGAGGCAUGGCAAUACCAGGAGUCGCUUGCCAAGAUUGCGUCCGGGUCACGGACCAUUUUCAACUUUGCAGAUGCCUACGGCCGCUGUGCUGCGGAAGAGCAAGGCCCUGGCUCACACCCUAUGCCCACCCGGCUACCUUCAGAACGCGAAAUCGGAGACAUGCUGAACAUGGCGGAGUGGAUGCGCGGGAUGUUGGACAACCUGCGGACGAUGGUUCAGCAAAGCGUUGUGAUGAACGACCGGGCACGCGAGGCUAGCCGGGGCAAGGGACCCUACGAGGACGAAGACAUGGCCAUGUACGGCGACGGCAUGAAGUCUGCUUACGAGAUGGCCGGUGUCAAGAAGCGGAGAGGACGUGCUGCUCCUCCUGGCCGAUGUCACAGCUGCAACAGGAUCGACACACCAGAGUGGCGCCGUGGACCCGACGGCGCGCGAACGCUUUGCAACGCUUGCGGCCUUCACUACGCCAAACUGGAGAGAAAGAAACAAAUCGACGCCAAGAACAUACGCCCCAGGCCGUCGGUUGAAAGAGGCUAG